AGGAGGAGUCUGGCUGCAUUGACCGCUUGCUGCUGUUGCUUCUUCUUCUUCUUCUUCUUCUUGGGAGUCAUGUCGCCCUGGGAGAAGGUUCACCUCAAAGUUAUUUUACUUGGACACUCUGGGGUGGGGAAAUCGUCCUUCAUGAACCAGUUUGUGAAUCACCGCUUCACCAACCUGUACCGCUCCACCAUCGGGGCGGACUUCCUCACUAAGGAGAUCACCGCGGACGGGAAGAGCGUCGUUCUCCAGAUCUGGGACACGGCCGGUACAGAGCGGUUCCAGUCCCUGGGGCUGGCGCUCUACCGCGGCGCUCACUGCUGUCUGCUGCUCUUCGACGUCACGUCCUCUGCUUCGUUCCGGGCGCUGGACCUGUGGAAGAAAGAGUUUCUGAUCCAGGCCGACCCAGCUGAUCCCGGACACUUCCCGUUCGUAGUGGUCGGGAAUAAGAGCGACUUGCCCAAGCGAGAGGUCUCCGGCAGACUGGCCCAGGACUGGUGCCGGGAGAAUAACGCAGAAUAUUUCGAAGGCAGUGCUAAGGAGGCGGUGAACGUCGACAGAGCGUUUCAGAGCGCGGUGCGACGCUCCCUGCAGUAUCACAAGGACAACAGCCCAGAACCUGCCUUUGAGAGUUUCCAACUGUCCUCCAAAAUUGAGCCAGAGGAGAAACCUGCCAAGCAGUGCGCCUGCUGAGUGACCGGCUUCAAAACAUCACCCCCUAUCUGUGAGGAGGGGGGAGAGCGAGAGAGAGGGGAACAGACUUCUUAUUCACAGUAGCAGCUGGCACACUUCGCCACGGGGUGACGCACACACAGCUUCUAAAACAGAUACGCGCCUCUGCAUGGGGCUAUUAAAAAAAAAAAUAAUAAUAAAAUGAUUUCAUUGCACCAAUUCAACCUCCUUCCAGCCCCUGAAGCAGCUCAACUUACCCGUUAAACCUGCCUGCCCCUCCAGGACCUGGUCUGAGUGGAGAAAUCGUACACAUGCAUGCAUGGAGAUUAUAUAUAAAUAAUAAAAUUAAAACACGUU